GUCUUUGUGCAGGUGGCUAUAACGGGCAGAGAGGGGCAGAUAAUUAAUGCAUGUUUGUAUGGAUUGACCACCGGAGUAAUGGAGAUGAUGGGAAAGAUGGCCCGUCUUUAAUUGUGCUGCAGGGAAGGGAGUUGGUGGAGAGAAGCGAGCAAGGGAAGAGAGAGAGAGAGAGAGAGAGGUGAGGUGAGAGAAGCAGAGGUCAUCCCUGAGGCGGAGUAGAGGAUCGGUGGCUGUCUGUGGGAAGGGAAAGAUCUGUUCUUUUAGGCGGCCCUCCCAUCUCUGAUCUGUUUUGGGUGGUGUUCUCCGCUUGAAUUGUUGAACACUUGCUGGAUCUCUGUUCCAUUUUCUUUUCUUCCUCCAAAGUCCUUGCUUUGGUCUGAGUUCAACUUUGUGGGGGUUGCCACUUUGACCUGCGCUGAUCUGGUGUGGGAAAAGGAAAAGGGGUUUGUGCUGAGGAAUCCUCUUCUUUCUCUUCCUCCGUUCUGUAGCUACCUCACCCCCUUUCUUUCCUCCACUUCUUUGCUCAUCUCCUCUAUUGUUUUCUCGUCGAUAAGUGAGGUUGGAGCCUUCUCAGAGUCGGCAUCUUUGGGUGUUCUCGAUGGGAAUCCCGGAGAUUAGGGUUUGAAUGUUCCCCUUUUUAUUGACUUGUUACCGUCACGAAAAGUGGAAGUCUGCUGAAUCCUCACCGAGGGUUCUUUCCUUCCCCUCUUUUCGCCCUCAAAAUUUCAUCUUGAAAACCUUGAAGUUUGGUUUUAUUUUUUGGAAGAAAGCUCAGAUUUUUACCCUCUUUGUCCUUUCCUCAAGUUAGGGUUUUGAUCUGAACCUGAUGGUCUGAUGGCCUCCUAGGGUUCUUGGCUUGGAGGGCUUGGAUGAACAGUAUACAUGCAUCUCUCUCUAUGGAAGCCCAUCUCCCACUGCGCCGCUCUCAUCCUCGACAAGAAGAACCGAUGGCGGGACGGUGGCUCCGGCAAGGGUUCGUCGGAGGAGGGGGCCAGGCGGCGGCCCUCGAUGCUCCGGCAGCUGCAGGAGAACAAGCUCCGGGAGGCCCUGGAGGAGGCCUCCGAGGAUGGUUCCCUCGUCAAGACCCAAGACAUGGACCCCGAGGCCUUCGGCAACCCCGAUGAGGUCUCCGUCAGCCGGUCCAGAUCGCUUGCCCGCCUCAACGCCCAGCGGGAGUUUCUCCAGGCCACAGCCCUCGCUGCCGAGCGCACCUUCCACUCUGCCGAUUCCAUCCCCGCCCUCGAAGAGGCCUUGUCUAAGUUCGUCACCAUGUACCCGAAGUACCAUUCUUCGAACAGGAUCGACAGGCUGAGAUUGGACGAGUAUUGUCACCUCUCGGAAACCGGCGCCAAGGUAUGCCUAGAUUACUGCGGCUUUGGCUUGUUCUCCUACCUUCAGAGCUUCCAGAACUGGGAGUCUUCGGCUUUUAGCCUCUCCGAGAUCACUGCUAACUUGAGCAACCAUGCUUUGUACGGCGGCGCUGAGAAAGGCACUGCCGAGCACGACAUUAAGGCCCGGAUAAUGGACUACCUGAACAUUCCCGAGAAUGAGUAUGGCCUAGUUUUUACUUUCAGUAGAGGUUCUGCUUUUAAAUUGCUCGCCGAGACUUACCCAUUUCAUACGAACAAGAAGCUGUUGACGAUGUUUGAUCAUGAGAGCCAGUCUGUGAAUUGGAUGGCCCAGAGUGCGCGGGAGAAGGGAGCCAAGGUCCAUAGCGCAUGGUUCAAGUGGCCCACGCUCAAGCUCUGCUCAACAGAGCUGAGGAAGCAGAUCUCUAGCAAGCGGAGGAAGAAGAAAGACUCAGCCGUUGGGCUCUUUGUGUUCCCAGUCCAGUCGAGAGUGACCGGAGCAAAGUAUUCGUACCAGUGGAUGGCUUUGGCUCAACAGAAUCAUUGGCAUGUGUUGCUUGAUGCUGGUUCGCUGGGCCCAAAGGACAUGGAUUCUCUUGGCCUGUCACUCUUCCGGCCGGAUUUCAUCAUCACGUCUUUCUACCGGGUGUUUGGGUUGGAUCCGACAGGUUUUGGAUGCCUACUAAUCAAGAAAUCCGUGAUGGGAUGCUUGCAGAACCAGAAUGGUGGCACUGGAUCGGGAAUGGUGAGGAUUGUUCCUGUGUUUCCUCAAUAUUUGAGUGACUCCGUGGAUGGCCUGGAUAUGUUGGAUGGAACUGAAGAUGAAACGAUCAAUGGGAAUGAUGAAUCUUUCAUGCCUGAUACUCACAGAGGAUCACAGUUGCCUGUUUUUUCAGGUGCAUUCACAUCAUCUCAGGUGAGAGAUGUGUUUGAGAGCGAGAUGGAUCAGGACAACAGCUCUGACCGUGAUGGGGCCAGUACUAUCUUUGAGGAGACAGAGAGCAUUUCGGUCGGGGAGGUCAUGAAGAGCCCUGUUUUUAGUGAGGAUGAAUCGUCCGACAACUCCUUCUGGAUUGAUUUGGGUCAGAGCCCAUUUGGAUCAGACCACUCAGGGCAGUUGAACAAGGGUAAGCCAGGGUCUCCAGCACCACCUUCAUGGUUUACCGGAAGGAAGACUCAUAAGAAGGCAUCACCAAAACUUGCAUCCAGGAUGUCAAAGAGCCCUAUUUUUGAUGAUCACGUGCUAUCCUUUGAUGCAGCUGUUCUAUCAGUCUCGCAAGAACUGGACCGUGUAAAGGAAGACCCAGGAGAAGGACCUUCAGAAAAUGGCCCAAAAUAUGCACGCUUCCAGCAUGUCAGUGAGAUUGAGGAAGAACACAAACUGAAAGAAGCAUCAGGAAAACGUGCUGUGAAGUUCUGUUCUACCAAUGGGAGCAAAAUUGUUAGCUCGAGUUCUGUUUUUGGACAGCACACUGGUCAUGAGAAUGGCUUAACUUCUGAAAUUUUCCCUGAAAACCAUAUGGAGGUGAAAGAGAGUGCCAUAAGAAGGGAAACAGAAGGUGAGUUUCGGCUGUUAGGGAGGAGGGAAGGAAAUAACAACAGAUUUGCAGGUGGUAAGCUCUUGGGUGUGCAAGAGAAUGACCGAGUCUUGAGCAUGGACCAAAGGGUAUCCUUCAUCGUGGAGGACAACAAAACUACAGAAGUAUCUUAUCGUAGUUCUGAUGCUGGCGAAGUGUCUGGGCAUGCACUAGUCGAUGAUGAUGAUGAUGACGAUGAUGUUGAUGCCAUUCGUGAUGGUUACGACGAUGAUGCUGAAGAGUGGGGCAGAUUAGAGCCUGAAAUAGUAUGCAGACAUCUUGAUCAUGUGAACAUGAUGGGUCUCAAUAAAACAACUCUGAGAUUACGGUAUCUGAUAAACUGGCUUGUGACAUCAUUACUGCAGCUGCAAUUACGAGAUUCGGCUGGGGAUAACAGUUUGCCUCUUGUCCAGAUCUAUGGCCCAAAGAUCAAGUAUGAAAGGGGUGCAGCUGUGGCAUUCAAUGUGAAGGAUUCUAGCGGAGCAGUGAUCAAACCAGAGAUUGUUCAAAAGCUGGGUGAGAAAAAUGGAAUUUCCUUGGGCAUUGGCUUCCUUAGUCAUGUAAGGGUCAUGGACAAUCAAAAACAUUUACAUGGAGAAGUUUUAACUGAUACCCAUCAUUCUGCAAAUGGUCACCAUGACAGUAAGAAAAAUAGUAAGAACACUGUGGCUAGGGUGGAGGUCGUUACUGCUUCGCUUGGGUUCCUCACAAACUUUGAGGAUGUAUACAGGAUGUGGGCAUUCGUGGCCAAGUUUCUGGAUCCUGCUUUUAUCGAGACCGAUGGACUGUCCACCAUUGCAGAGACUUCAGAAACAUAGCUGCUGAAAUAUUCUUCUGCAGAUUUUCCAAAGAUUUAAGUGAACCAGCAACCUCUUGUGCUGCUCAAAGCAAAAGAAUCAAUUAUGAACCGCUGUGAAUGUUUGAUCGGGAAAUGGAGAUAAUUAGAAGCACAAGGGGAAGAUAUAAACCUUUGCUCUAUUUGUUAUGCAUCCUCAAGUCUCCCUAUCCGAAAAAAAUGACAAAUUCUGGUGCUUCACGUGAAUUUAUUCAUUCUUCACCUUUUCCUAGGUAUCCAUCUUUUUGUUUGACAUAGAACUUGAGGGUGCCUUGUCUUCACUGUACGGCUGCUCAUUUGCAACCUGGCUGAUCAGAACAUCAGUCACGGAAACAACCUCUCUACUUGUAGAGGUAUGACCGUGUAUAUUGUCCAUUUCCAGAUCCCGCAUUGGCGGGAGACUCAUGCACCGGGCAACCCUUUUUUAGAGUUUGCUUAGCAAUCUGUGGCAUCACAAAGUUAUGAAUGGAUCUUCUUCCCUGUCAAAUGAUGUUUGUAAAUCUAAUUUGCACUGUCAGGAAAUAGUUCUGCUAUAUCAUGAGAUUCUCAUCAUUCUGAUAGGAAGAUGGAACACAAUUUUUCACUCUCAUUCUUAUGGGCCUGUUUCAUAUCUGUAAAUGCUUCUUUUGCUUGAUGCUUUCAAAGGGUUUCUGAUGGUUGUAUUCUCUUUUAA